AUGAGCAGCGGAAGCGGGUACUUGCUUUUGGAACCGGAACCGCCUCGGAACUGCCGGUUCUGGAACCAGAACUGCCUUAGGCGGUUCCGGUUCCGGUUCCUAAAGUCUAGGAACCGCCUUAAGCGGUUCCGGUUCCAAUUCUUAUUUUUACGAAACCGAUGCCCGCUGGAUACCCGCCGGUUCCGGUUCCAAUACCGGGGCACCGAUUGCAAACGUAAUUCGUUUUUAGGGUAUAUGAUUUUCAUUCUAAAAAAACCGCCGUCUUCUAUUCUCGUCAAUCUCCUCUCUCCCCUCUCAUCGUUAUGUUCAAUCCAAGAUUCAAUUGGCAAUUCAAGGUCAGAUUCUCAAGGUCACUUCCCUCGUCUCCCUCAAUUCGAGUUCGUAUCAUGUAACCCUCCCUCAAUCUGUUCUCCCUGUUCAAUCGAUUCGAUGGUUUUCCUCGACUCCUGCUCAUGCCGACGAUCGCCGCAACUACAAGUCUUUAUCUUCAAGUCUUCAUCGAAAGGUUUAAUUGAAGGUUCAUCUGUUAU